GGGCAAACCAAGUGCGGGCCUCCCUCCUCUCUCCCUGCCUCAGGCCUGCACUUCCUCCCAACCCCCUUCCCGCCGCUUCGUGCGCCUUUCUGCCCACCCGCUCUCCAGACCCUACGCGCCCUGGCGCCAGGACUGGCGUAAAUUUCCGCCCACUCGCGCCGCGCCCCGGGGGCUGUUUCGUGACGUCAGGGUCGAGCGAGGGGGGCCUCCUCCCGGCUGCUCGCCCCUCCAGGCCUCGCGCCCCCGCCUGCCCUUUAAAAGAGCGAGGCCCGCGCCAAGCGCGCCACACCGCGGGGACCAGGACGCACGCUGGCUUCCCGGAGCACCUCCGCCUCGCCGUCCUCCCGCAUCCGCCUCUCUGGUGUAACCGAGCCGCGCCGCGCAGCAGCCGAGCCGGGCCAUGCAGCCCGCAGCGCUUCUCGGCCUCCUGGGAGCCGCGGUGCUGGCCGCUGUCGGCUCUGUGCCAGUGGAUAACAGGAACCACAAUGAAGAGAUGGUGACUCGCUGCAUCAUCGAGGUCCUCUCGAAUGCCCUGUCCAAGUCCAGCGUUCCACCCAUCACCCCCGAGUGCCGGCAAGUCCUGAAGAAGAGUGGAAAAGAGGUCAAAGAUGAAGACCAAAGUGAGGCUGAAAACAGAAAGUUUGAAGUGAGAUUGUUAAGAGACCCAGGUGAUGCCACAGAAGCCGAAAGGCCCUCUAGCAGGGAGGAAGCCGGAGCCCCAGGGGAAGUGGACAACCAAGGCCAGACAAAGGCUGACAGGGAAAAGUGGGAAGAGGGAGGCAAACACAGCCGAGAGGGCCCAGAUGAGCCUCAGGGCAGUCUCUAUCCCUCCAAGGACAGUGGUCAAGUCUCUGAAGAAGCCAAGGCACACCGUCCUGAGAAGAGUGAGGAGGGCAGGGAGGAAGGAGAGGGCGAGGACCAUCAGCAAAGGGAGCGUGAAAAGGAUACCAGUAUAGAGAGACGCACUGAAGAGGCAGGAGAUGCGCAGAAUGCCUUUCUCAACAAAAGAAACCCAAUUUCAGCUAAGAAACAAGAGGAACUGGCGACCGAAUCAGAUACCCACUCUGCUGGGCUCCCUGAGAAGACACACAGCAGGGAAAAGAGCAGCCAGGACAGCGGAGAGGAGAGGAAAAGCCAGGAGAAACACCCUCAAGAGUCUCGCAGCCAACCUCAGAGCAAGGAAGAAUCCGAGGAAAGUGAAGAAGAUGAAAGUGAAGUGGCCAAACGACGCAUGAGGCCCAGACACCACCACGGGAGGACCAGGCCUGACAGGUCCUUUCAAGAAGGGAAUCCUCCUUCUGAGGAAGAGGGACAGGAGUCCGAGGAGGCAAGCAUGGGCAUGACCAGUUUAGGAGAAAAGAGGGGCCGCCAUUCUACUCACUAUCGGGCUUCAGAGGAAGAACCUGAAUAUGGAGAAGAAGUGAGGGGUUAUCCAGGGGUCCAGGAUCCUGAGGAGCUGGAGGGGGGGCAGUACAUGGGCAGAGGAAGCGAAGAGUACAGGGCUCCAAGGCCUCACAGUGAGGAGAGUUGGGAAGAGGAGGACAAGAGAAACCACAUGGCCCAGGGAUACAGUGAAGGGAGUAAGGAGGAGAAGGGACCCCACCACAGAAGGAUGGGAGGAGAACCAGGUGCCUAUUCUACUCCUGACACCAGAGAAGAGAAAAGGUUCUUGGAUGAAGGGCAUCACCAUGUUCAGGAAAGCCAGAUGGACAAGGCAAGGAGAUAUCCGCAAGAUGAGUGGCAAGAGCAGGACAGAAAUUACCUCAGUUAUGGCGAGGAAGGAGCCCAAGAGAGGUGGCAACAGCAGGAGGACCUGCGAGACCCCAGAGAAAACAGAGAGGACGAUAGGCUUCAAGACAAACAGUACGUCUCCCAUCACACCACUGGAAAGAGGAAGAGGUUAGGGGUGCUGUUCAACCCGUACUUUGACCCUCUCCAGUGGAAGAGCAGCCAUUUUGAGAGAAGAGACAACAUGGAUGACAAUCUUCUGGAAGAUGAAGCAGAAAAUGCGCUGACCUCGAGUAAGAAGAAUUUCUUCCCAGAAUACAACUAUGACUGGUGGGAGAAAAAGCCCUUCUCUGAGGAUGUGAAUUGGGGAUAUGAGAAGAGAAGCUUCCCUAGGGCCCCCAAACUGGAUCUGAAAAGGCAGUACGACAGGGUGGCUGAGCUGGACCAGCUGCUUCAUUACAGGAAGAAGUCAGCCGAAUUCCCCAACUUCUACGACUCUGAGGAACAGAUGGGCACACUUCAGGAGGCAGAAAACGAACAGGAAGGAGGCGACCAGAGAGUUCUGACAGAGGAAGAGGAAAAACAACUUGAAAACUUGGCUGCGAUGGAUUUGGAAUUACAGAAAAUAGCCGAGAAGUUUAGCCAGAGGGGCUGACAGUUGCUGGAAUGACAGGCAGUUUUAAGAAAUAGCCCUCAUAGUACCGAUUUUCCACCACUUUGCUGAAAGACACCAUUUAUUUACCCAAAGGCAGAAAGUAGAAUUUACUAUUCCUUAAUGUUUGACACAGUUGGAAAUGUCCUUACUUUUUGCCAGAAUGCUAUUGAAAACGUGAAUAGCAUGACCCGUAGCAUAUUCUUCCUUGCAAAAUAGACAUAUUAAUAUGCUUGCGACAAUGAGUGUGCUGCUGUCUUUGAAAAUCUGUUUGUCUCAGUUUGAAAUAAUUAAAGAUUCAUCUGAGACCCAAA